UGGGCUCAGUGAUCCAAGGUCUUUUGCAGCCUCCAUGACCCCGUGUGGUCCCUGGUGAGGAGCUCCCCAAGCACGGAGCACUGGUUUAUGGUCCAGGACCACGUGUUUGCUCCCUGACCACUGGCAGUUUUGGGGGCUUGGAGACAGAUACCAGAAUUUUGCUGAAAUGACCUGCCCCAGAGUGGGAAAAGCAAAACAGGCUGUGAAGGAGGUGGGAUGGUUUUGGAGCGUUCCUUGGAAUAAGUUUUUGUGUUGAUCAAAGAGCUUCAUUUUUCUCAGGCAGGGGAGGCUGCAGGUUGUGGUUGGAGUGUGUGGGGCUGUCUGGCAGCACUGGGGCUCGGUGACAGUGCCAUGAAUCACCUGUUCUGGGGUGCUGAGGUGGAGGUGACGCCCUGCAAUUGCAGCAUCUCGCAGUCAGACCAUGGCUGCAGCCCCAGGGCUCACCUCAGAGGCAGCAGCAGUGCAGGAACAGCCCUGAGCUCAGCUCAGAGCCCCCAGCAGUGCAGGAACAGCCCUGAGCUCAGCUCAGAGCCCCCAGCAGUGCAGGAGUGUGACCUUUGCCAGUCACCUCUCCCCUGCCAGGAAGGAGGCAGCAGAACAGAGCCUUCCCUGGGCUGCUCUGUGGCUUGUGACCCCUCCGUGCCCACGGUGCCACCUGGGGGCUCAGCAGCCCUGUUUCUACUCGGAGUGAAAGGAUUUCAGAAGCUCCUGAGUGUGUUUGCCCCCUUUUCAUCCUAUUUUUAUGUUGUCUCUCUUCCCCUUGUGCUGAAGUAUUUAAUAGGGGAUAUUCCAGGAGGGCCUGGGUGAACUCUUGGAGGCUGAAAAUGUGAUUUCAAACCACAAUGUCACCUGGGCUGGCUCAGUGAAGAGCCAACCCCUUCCCCUCACUUGGCUUCGAUUGUUUGCCACCAGCUGCUCCACAGCAUCUCCAUCCUCAGGGAUAUCCUGAGGGAUAUAUAUCCUCAGGGAUAUCCACCCCCUGCUCUCGGAGGGCAGGAGGCAGCUCUUACACACUUCCCUCUCUCCUGAGCAGUGCUGGAUGGGAUUUUCCUCCCUCCCAGUCCCCUUGAAGAGGAAGGAAGCUGCAGGUGUUUGCCCUCCCCGGGAGGCUCUGCCUGAGACCUGCCUUGUGAAGCUCUGCCUGGUUUUGUUACCUCCAAGGACAGGGUUGGGUAGGAAACUCAACCUCCCACCCACCUUUUAUCUUCCUGAAAUGAUUUAUUCCCUCUAGGUGGAGGCUGCCGUGGCCUGUAUGACCAACAGCCAACACUGUGGUUUGGCAUCUUGUAGUGACUUGUGCUCCUUCCCUGCUCACAGGGGCAGGGAAUUUCUGUCCAGACCCGUUCCUCUCCCGAGCUGUGCCCACUGUGGUUCCUGCUGGCAGCAGGGGGAAGCAGCCAGGCCUCAAAGUACAGCAGCUGCCUCCUGCCACAAGUUUGGAAUUUUCUUCUGUAGUGCCAGUUAUCAGCUGGCUAAACUAGGACACUCUCAGGUAGUGUUUUCUCCCCUUCCUUGAUGAUUAAAUCAAACACAAAAAGCUGUUUCGGAGCUUCUUUUAAGGGAGCUGUCGUGAGGAUCUAAAAAUACUGGCGGGGUUGGGGCAGGUCACCUGCAGGAGGGUUGCAAGCUGGCUUCCUUCUCCUCCUCAGCCGCGUUUCUCUGCCUCAUUGCUCCAGUUGCAACACGUGGCCAGCUCAGCUGAGGUGGAGGCCAGCCUCGGGCAGAGGCUGCCGCGCUCACACCCGGCCCUGUCAACACGUCUCGGUGCCCAUGGGUGACUCCAUGGGUGACUGCAGCGUGUGGAAAGGCAGGGAGCAGCCCAGGGAGGCUCCCUGGUGCGUGUGGGGCAGGGCAGGGCCUUCUCCUGGCAGGAAUGUGGCCCUGCCGGCCAGCCCUGCCCCUGGCUCGGGGCUCAGCUCCCCCGGGAUCGCCCCGGCCGUGGCCACUGCUGCUCCUCUGCCCGGCAGGUUUGGCCUGCUCCCUGCCUGGAUCCAGGAAUACUUGCUGUGGAAUCGCUGUGGAAUCUGUGGGGUUUUACCCUCACAGGUGGUUUUUUGCCUGCUGAAGUGGUUAAAAUGAGCGAUGAGCGCCCCGUGCUGGAUCCACGGCCUGCUGAAAUAGACAGACGGUUGGAAAAGAAGCUGAAGAUCACACAGAAGGAAAGCAGAAAGUCCAAAUCUCCUCCCAAAGUGCCGAUCGUGAUCCAGGACGACAGCCUUCCCGCGGGGCCCCCGCCCCAGAUCCGCAUCCUCAAGCGGCCCACGACCAACGGCGUCCUCAGCAGCCCGCACUCGGCCAGCCGCCCCACCUUCCCCGUCAAAUCGCUGGCGCAGCGCGAGGCCGAGUACGCCGAGGCCAGGAAACGCAUCCUGGGCAGCGCCAGCCCCGAGGAGGAGCAGGAGAAGCCCAUCCUGGACAGGCCGCCGCGGAUCUCGCAGCCCGAGGACAGCCGGCAGCCCAACAACGUGAUCCGGCAGCCGCUGGGCCCCGAUGGCUCGCAGGGCUUCAAGCAGCGCAGAUAGAGGCGGAGGCGCCGUUCCGCCGGCACGGACACACGCACCCGGGCCAGGGCACCUCCCGGGGUGAUUUGCACUGUGACCCUUUUGCUCUGCCCACUGUGACCUUCAGCCCCACGCACUGUGACCUCCCCUCUCCACCCACUGUGAGCGGCCGUCCCGGCAGGGCUGUCCCCGCGGCCGGGGGACACGAGGGGCCGUGCCGGACUCGGCCGGGCGCAGGGAGUUGUGCGUGUCCCACUCGGGUCGGAGCAAGCGCCAGCAAUAACGUUUGUUGUACUCGAAACCUGGCAUUUAAGGAAAAAAAAAAAAAAAAGAUGGGAAGCCUCCCCAGCCGCGCAUGUUGUCCUCAUCACUUCCAGAACGAGUUCUGUUUCCAAGGAUUUUAGGUUCUUUUAUUUGGUUUUCUCUUUGUUUUCUGUAUCUUGGAUCGGCGGAGUGCGUGGGAAGGGUUUGAGCCAUUUGUUUGAAUCCAGAAAGGUAGCUGAGUGUUACAAAGGAAUUCCAAUGGAUUUCCAUGAAUGUGAUGGCUUGGGGAUGACAAGCUCAUGCUUUUCCUUCUCCAUUUCCACUGCCAUGGAAGCGAACUCCUGGAUACCCCCAGGUACCUCGGAGUCAGACCCAGUUCACAUCUUGCUCCUGUUAAAGCUUGGCUCCGAUUCCCUGCUGGCUUUGAGGAGAAGCUUAAAAUACAUCCUUUUUGGGUUCUUUUGUGUUUGGGGAGAAGGGAAUGCAGAGUGACCCCGUGCAAAUGCCUGCUGUCCGGCCGUGGAGGGCCGGGCGGUGAAGAAUUACAGAGAUGUGAGGAGGAGGAGGAGAGGCUCCGGCGCUGCUGCGGCCGUGACGUCGGGCAGUGGGAUAUCCCGAGGGGCCGGCCUGGCGGCGCAGGGACAGUAUGAGCUCUCCCAGAAUGGCAGAACUGGGAACCAGACCAGCCUUGGGGAAAGCCUGGAUGAUCCCCCCAUCUCCCUGGAGGCAGCGAGGCUUCAGGGAAGGGAUCGUCCUGCUUGGGCUCCCGGGAAGAGGACGGGGAGGCUGCUGCUCCCCAGGAACGGAGAUGUUCCCCCUGGAUGAAGCUGAGGAUCACUUGAUAUCAAGGGAUUGGAUGAACACUAAGCGCUCUUCCUGGAGGGGCCAGGACCUGGAGGCCCGGGUGGUUCCCGAUGGAUUCCUGCAUCCGGGUGCUGCCUUCAGUAGGUUCAAGGGGGAACGAGCCAAUCUUGAUGUGAACGAAAAGCCCUGUGUGGAAAUGAGGCUGAAAUCCCACAGAAAUGGGAAAAUAGAAACUACCUGUGUAUCCAAGUGAUCCCAGGAACCUUAAUGAGCUCCUCACAGCUGGUUCCGGGUGGGCCGGGAUUCCCCCGGGAUUCCCCCUGGGAUCCUGGGCACUUUUGGAGGAUCUCACUCAUCCCCCUCAGCCUGGGGGCCGGGAUGAGCUCCGAGAGGGAGCAGGAGGGAGAAGGACAUCAGCAAUAACUGUAGUCACUGCGCCUUUCCUUAACUAUUCCUAAAAAUAGCCUCAAAUAGCCAAAAACCUCCCAAAUCCACCGGAUUUCUGGAGCGGCCGGUCGGCGCCGCAUCGCUGCCUCCUCCGUGUCCAGCACCGAAAUUCCACCUCCGGCACCGAAAUCCCCUUUUCCAGCACUGAAAUCUCCUUCUCCGGCUGCUCCUGCUGCAUCCCGGCGCCAGGACACGGUGCCCAGGACACGGUGCCCAGGACACGUCCCGCCCGCGGGCAGGGCUCGGCGGCGUUCCUGUGGGAAGCGCCUUCAUCCCGAGGAGGGGGAGGAUGGACGCGGCACCGCGUGUUUCUGCCCCCCCCCCAAAAAAAAAAUAAAAACAAACCUGCGCCGGAAAGAAAACGUUUUAUAAAUUGUAUUUUAAAUAAAUGUCUUUAAACUUUU